AUGACAACACCGGAUGUCUUUCGAGAUGCGGAAUACAUCGCUGACGUGUCCGGCAUCCAAUAUGGCAGCAUCACAGAGACAUCGCACACGCUGCAAGACGACGGCAUGAGGAAGAAGCUCCAAACCGCUGCAAGACUGGCCUUCAUCGAUCGCCUACUCCGUGAUCUCGAUAUCCUCAUCUACUGCGAGUUAUCCGCACUCUAUUACCUAGAUUGCUCGAUAGUACUGUUUGCGAUCCGCGCAGUAUCCCAACUGAUCUUCUUCACCCCCAAAGCGCCCCCGUUUGACCCCACGCGGAAUCAGCCCUUUAUCGGAGCCAUCUUCGCAAGUAAUCUCUUUUGCAUGAUCUUUCACAAUUUCUUCAGUCAACCAGAGGCCGGAGAAGCAACUAGAGGCUAUCUACAUGGCGGAAUUCUCAUAGAUUUUAUCGGGCAAAAGGCGCCUGUGCCGCUCACCCACCUCCUGUUCCUCGACUUACUUGUCAUGAUACUCAAUAUCGUGAUGCUGGGUCUUAUAAUUGAGCGUGUGAAGUUGGCCGAGUCUAGAAACACCACCGCUGCUACACCUGCUGCCGCUGCCACUAGUGCAUCCGCACAGGCUGAACCCGACCAAGCGCAGGACCAUGACCACGAGGAACGGGGAGUUUUAGGCCGCGAAACCGAGCCCCGGGGAGGGCCAACAAACGAUGAAAACGAGCGCAGCGAACAAGGCUCCCAUUCCACCCCUUCAGAUACCCACUCGCCACCUCCGAGCGAGGAAGAGCUUGAACGCACCCGACUAUUAGCAGAUCCGUCUGAGAAUGGAGGUAGUCAUACAAAUCAUCAGCAUGCUUUAGACGCAUACUCCUCCGGAGACGCCGUCAUAGCACGCAUGGGACUCUUCAAUGUUAUCCGAGACCAAUGGCGAUUUAGUCCCUCUACGGUACGACGGUCAGCUACCUAUGCGCCGUCGGAUCAAACGGCUGCCUUCUUGCGGGCGCGGUUUGGUCUUCAGGUUGGGGCAAAUGGGCGGCUGGAGAGAGUUGCGACAACAUGA